AGAAACGAGAAAUAUGAAGUGAUGGGAAGUUUGGUGAGAGUGAAAGGGGGGUAGUGAAGCGGAAGAAGGCGACCUUUCUCCUCUAGCUUUUUCAUCAGCCUAUCUCCCUUGAAGCUUUGCUUGUCUGAUUGAGAAAUCGGUUGUAUGAUUCCAUGAAGGUGAUUUUGUAAGACUAACUGCAAAUUCACCCACACAACACACGCAGAGAGAGAGAGGGAGAGAGAGGGAGAGAGAAGCUGAUGUUUUGAAUCCCGUGGAAAGAAAACGAUGGCUCUGAGCUUUACAUCCCUUCUGCAACUGUAACAGCUGUGAGAUUAGGGUGUGGGUUGGACGACAAAGAUGAUGAGCAAGAAGACAGUGAUAUGGGCGUAGAAAGGCAGUCACCUCCACCUCUAUUCUAUGUCCCAAAGCUUCCACCAAAGUAUCUUCAGUUUCUCAAAUGGGUACGAGAGAUCCAAGUACCAAGAACAACAUCAACCGCUGCAGCAUGUAGAAGAGCAAGUAUCAGGAGAGCUGCCGGUGUAUGAACCCGGCGGGAUGCUGUCAGAGAUGUUCAGCUUCCCGCCGGGGCCUACUGUGGCCACUGAGAUCUUGGAGAAUCAGAUCUCAUCAAAUUAUAGAUGGCCAUCGCAGCCCACAGCCGCUAAUGAUUGUAAUAAUAUUGCUCGAAAUCAACAUUUCUCGCGCAUUAAUGCAGACUUAGCAAAUCCCAUGCAGCUUUCGCUCAUGAAUCCUCCAGCAAAAACGUCUUCUCCAACUGAUACAUCUUCUUCUCUACACAUGCUACUCCCAAAUUCAUCCAAUUCUCAUCUUCAAGGGUUUCAACAUGGCGGCACAAUGUCUGGGGUCUCCGGUUUGGGAAGCAGUGAGGUCCCUCCCGUUAAUUUCAAUUGGGUACCUGGUAGAGUCGCCGGAGUUGAUGGCACUAGCAAAAUUGGAGGCGUUAUGGAGAGUCAAGGUCUUUCUUUAUCCUUGUCUUCUUCAUUGCAGCAGCUGGAAGCAGCCAAAGCGGAGGAAUUGAGGUUGGGAAAUGGUGGGAUCUUCUUUUGCAAUCAAGGAGUAGGGGCUUCUUCUAAUUUCUAUGCUUCGAAGACUUUGGGAACUAAUCAGCAGCCCUUGCAAUUGCAAGGAAUAGUAGAUCCAAGUCGUCAGGUUUAUGUUGGAUAUGAAUCAUCUUUGGGAAACUUGAAUAUUUUGAGGAAUUCUAAGUAUGCCAAGGCCGCCCAAGAAUUGCUGGAAGAGUUCUGCAGUGUCGGGAGGGAACACUACAAGAAUCAGAGGCGUGGAAAGCAUAGUAUAAACCCUAAUUCUGAUCCCGGUGGUGGUGGCGGUGCUGCUGCUUCUGGGUCGUCUUCUUCCGUAAAGGAUCUUGCACCUUUGUCAGCUGCAGAUAAGAUUGAACACCAAAGGAGGAAGAUCAAACUAUUAUCCAUGCUUGAUGAGGUGGAUAGUAGAUAUAACCAUUACUGCGAGCAAAUACAAGUGGUGGUAAACUCAUUUGAUUCGAAGAUGGGUUUUGGAGCAGCAAAUCCUUACACGACCCUAGCUCGAAAGGCAAUGUCAAGGCACUUCAGAUGCAUGAAGGAUGCGAUAUUGGCGCAAUUGAAGAUUUCAUGUGAAUUACUUGGGGAGAAAGAUGUCAUGGCGGCAUCUGGAUUGAGUAAAGGAGAGACACCAAGAUUACGGUUGCUUGAUCAAAGCCUGAGGCAGCAAAGAGCCCUUCAUCAAAUGGGGAUGAUGGAGCCAGAAGCAUGGAGGCCCCAGCGAGGCUUGCCUGAGCGAUCUGUCAACAUUUUGAGAGCCUGGCUUUUUGAGCAUUUCCUGCACCCGUACCCAAGCGACGCAGAUAAGCAUUUGUUGUCUCGCCAGACUGGUUUAUCCAGAAAUCAGGUCUCGAACUGGUUCAUUAAUGCAAGGGUUCGAUUGUGGAAACCCAUGGUGGAGGAGAUGUACCAACAAGAUGCCAAGGAAGAAGAAGCCGCUGCAUCAUCUGAGGAUAGAGAAGCCAACCCACAAAAUCACCAGAAAAACAGCAUCUCCGCACAAACACCAAGGUCUUCCACUCCACCAGCGUCCCAAAGAUCCCAAAUCAAUGCUCAGGAAAACGACCCUUCACUCGACACCAUCAAUUACAGGAAUUGCUUCUCGGGAACCCAAGCAAUUACUCAAGCUACCACCACCACCACCACCACCACCACCACCAUAUCUCAACGUUUUCCGACCACCCAUGAAGCCGGCAUGCAUCAACGGACGGUGGCCGCUGAUGACACGUGGUGUCGAGGAAGCGUGUUUGGCGGUGAAUAUGGGACCACUGAUGCCGCAUCUCUAGGGACACCCGCUGGUGAUGUCUCCCUUACCUUGGGCCUUCGACACGCCGGGAACUUGCCGGACAAGGGCCGGCUGUCGUUACGGGACUUCGGGGCCUGCUGAGUGGCCAUGAUUUUAUUCAUAUAUCAUUUUCAAGUUGAGAAAUAUAUGAAUAACCAUCUUAGGUUGCUAUUCCAGAUCUACAGUAUUAAUUGUAUAGUACAAUCAUUUAGCAUCCUGUAAUUUAGGUUUUGCCCUUAGACCCUCCAAACUUAUUAUCGUUCUAAAUAUUUGGAAGAGUAGAGAUGUGUCGAUGAGACUCAAGACUUGAGACUUGAUUGCAGGUGUGGCCACUGGAACUUCAAUCAACAGACUUUACAUUUUGAAAGCCGACA